CCUCAACGCGAGACAAUCACACAGAAGCCAGUUGAAACCAGCUGGAAGUACUCGCAUUUCAUGCUCAUCUGAGUUGUUGUAUGUAUACUAAGCUGACUUUCGUGACCAGCAAUUUUCGUAAGAUAAGACGGACGCCGUCGAACUUUUUGGCGAUAAGACUGUUCGCCGACAAAAAUAUAAACGGCUUGUAUGAAUGGUCAACAGUACCUAGAGGUUGAAAGUGAAACAGUUGGACAAGAAUAGACUGUCGGUUCCAAGCUCGAAGAUGCAGUCCAAAACAAUUUCUAAUGUCCUUAGAGCAAGAUUCUAUGGACGAAUCGUGACAACUACUCGAUACUGUAGUGCUCAAGCCGCUCCAGUCAACGAAGGAAGAGAUCCGGAAUGGGACAGUGCGUUACCGUACGAGAAGAUUCCCAGAAUGACGUUGCGUCAGACGUUGAAAAACUUCGCUCCAGGAGGUCGCUAUCAUAACGCCAGCGCACCGGAGAUACAUCGUCUGUGCCAGCAGGACUUUGGCGAUCUGGUUCGCUUUCCGGGGAUUCUGGGACGAAAGGAUACCGUGAUGACCUUUUUGCCGGAUGAUUUCGAAAAGGUGUUCCGCACGGAAGGUCCAUGGCCGAACCGACGCGGUUUGGCCACCUUUGUGCACUACCGGAAGGAGGUGCGACCGGAUGUGUUCAAGGGACUGGGAGGUUUGGUAUCGGAACAAGGGGAAAACUGGCAAAAAUUUCGAUCUAUUGUUAAUCCGGUAUUGUUGCAACCCAAGGUGGUUCGUUCAUACGUUGGUAAACUCGAUGAAGUUACUAGUGAGUUCAUGAACAUAAUGCUCAAGAUCCGCGACGAGAGGAAAGAACUACCGGCUGAUUUCGGUCAGUGGUUGAAUCGUUGGUCUCUGGAAUCAACUGGAGUGCUAUCUGUAGAUUCACGGUUGGGAGUUCUAGAUGAGCAAGAAUCGGAAGAAGCCCGUAGAAUUGUUCAGCUCACCAAGGAAUUGUUCGAGCUUGUCUACCAACUGGACAUACUUCCAUCAAUUUGGAGGUACUACAAAACUCCGAAAUAUCAUCGACUUAUGAAGAUUUUCGAUGAGCUGACCACGAUUGCCAUGUCAAAAGUAGAUGAAGCUGUUCUCAGGUUGGAGAAGAGUCCUUCUACAACGUCUGAUGCCCAAAGCGUCCUGGAGAAACUGCUGAAGAUUGACCGGAACGUAGCGAUUGUCAUGUCGUUCGAUAUGAUUUUGGCGGGCGUUGAUACGACCACUUCAGCUAUUACAGGAAUCCUGUACUACUUGGCCACGAAUCCAGAGAAACAAACCAAACUACGUGAGGAACUGAGAAGCAUUUUGCCGCAGAAAGAUUCUCCACUAACUCCGGACAACAUGCAGAAUCUUCCGUAUUUGCGUGCCUGUAUCAAGGAAGGAAUGCGAUUGUUUCCACCAAUCAUAGGAAACCUGCGGGCCACCGGGAAGGAUAUCGUUCUACAGGGCUACCGAAUUCCUAAAGGAACAGACAUCGGCAUGGGUUCCAUGGUAGUUCAACAGAGUGACCGUUUCGUUCCUCGGGCCAAAGAGUUCCUGCCAGAGCGAUGGUUGAAAACACCAGAGCCGGGCUGUCCCCAUGCCAAGGAUGCCCAUCCUUUCGUGUAUCUACCGUUCGGAAAUGGACCCCGUACCUGCGUUGGACGACGGCUUGCCAUGCUGGAAAUGGAAAUCCUUUUAGCAAGGAUUACUCGGCUGUUUGAAUAUCGUUGGAAUUACGGGGAUUUGAAGAUUCAGACUACGCUGGUCAAUACACCGGUCAAUGAUUUGAAGUUUCAGAUGGUGGAAGUUAAUGAUUGAAUCGAUCAUGCUCAAAUAUCAAUAAAGUUGUUCCACAUA